CCGCGCUGCCAGAUGCCACUGCCGCUGCCACUGCGGGUGGGUCUGGACGGCGCGCCGUCGCGGCCGGCGGCCGAGGGCGGCGAGGCCCUCUGCGAUGUGGCCGACAGCUCGGGGGACGCCGGCCAGCGGCUGUCGGCGGUGGACGCGCUACCGCGCCUGAUGGGCGCCGACCCGGCCGGCUGCCUGGCCGAGGUGGUGCCGCGGCUGACGCUGGCGCUGCCCGCCUCGCCGCCCGACUUCCAGCGGGCGGCCGGCGCCAGCUUCCUGGCCGUGCUUCGCCGCGAGCUGCUGCCCCAGUCCACCUUCACGCAGACAUUCCUGCAGAGCAUCCUCAUCUCCGUCGACAGUAAGGACCCAGUGGUGGCUGCCGCCUGGCUAGAGACACUACUGGACGUCAUUGACCUUCUACCCAGUGACGUCAUUCAGCAGGAGAUCCUGGGCGUUGCCGUCGAGAAGAGCCAGCUGAGCCACCCGGCCUGCUCCCGCGUGGCCGGCUGCAAGCUGAUCGGUCGCAUGGCCUCCAAGUUCGACCCGUACACGAUCCAGACGGAGCUACUGGCCAGUGUCCAGUCGCUGUGUCAGGACGUGGACUGCGAUGUGCGCGCCGCCAUGUGCAGCCAGCUGGGCGCCGUGGCGCACGGCUUGGGGCCCCAGGAGACGCGCGCGGCCAUCAUUCCGGAGCUGGUGGAGCUGGCCAGUGACGAGGAGGUGACGGUGCGUCUCGCCGCGUUCCGCACCCUGGUGGACAUGCUGGACAUCUUGGACGCCGAGACGUGCACGCAGACUAUCAUCCCACUGGCGACCAAGGUGUGCGAGUCAAGCUACGAGACGCGUGACACCUCACUGCCCGUCAUCGCCCGGCUGCUCGGCAAGCUUUGCAGCGGCCUCAACGGCUACCUCAGCUCCGAGCAGAAACAGACAUUCCUGGACUUCUACAGCAACGUGGCGCGCCUGAAAAACCUGCACAAGGCAGCAGCAGCGCGCAACGAACUGAACCCGAUGCCAGACCUGGUGCCUCAGCUGGACCCGAGCGAGCGGUACAUGGAGUGCUGCGAGGCCUGCGCCUACAACUUCCCGGCCAUGCUGCUGCUGGCCGGCGGCGACCUGAGCCGCUCCAACCUGCACGCCACCUUUACCGACCUCGUGUUUGACCCGCACGGACCCGUGCGCCGCGUGGUCGCCGCCGGAUUCCACGAGGUAUGUCGUCUGCUGGGUCCCAGCGUGCACCAGGUGCACUCGGAACUGGUUCACCUGCUGAAGGACGACAGCGUGGAGGUGCUGGCGGCGCUGGUGGAGCGGCUGCCGCUCACGCUCGCCGCGUUCGUGCGUCACGGCGUGCUGGGGCCAGCCGCCAAGCCGGAGCUGGUUGCUGAGCUGACUGCGGCGCUGAUGACUUCCGAGUGCGUGAUCGCCAACACCACCCGGUGGCGCCUGCAUGCUGGCCUGCUGCAGCGGCUCAGCAGUCUGGCCGAGUGCUUCCCGGCCGACCACCUGUACCAUUGCUGGGUACCCACCAUCUUCCAGAAGCUGCACACCGUGCGGCCGAUCCCCUGCCGGCAGGCGGCAGCGCGGACGCUGCUUGUCUUCCUGCAGAACGUGCGCCAGAUCGAGCACCGUCAGGUCAUCUGCGCACGCAUCGGCGAAGAACUCGGCCAGAACGACAGCUGCCACAUGCGCAAACUGUACCUUGACAUCUGUGGCAUGGUGCUCGACAUCUUCUCCAAGAGUUUCUUCAAGCAGUACUUCUUCAUGACGACGCUGGCGCUCGUGGAUGACCCGGUGCCCAACAUCCGCCGCGGCCUGUGCCUGCUGCUGUCGCGGAUGAAGGCCACGCUGCGGUUGCCAGCCGACAAGCGGCGUCUGCAGGAGCUGGAGGCGGUGGUGCGCCAGCUGCUGGUCACCGAGCAGGACCGUGACGCCGCCGCCGCUGUCAGGCUCGCCAUCAUACAGCUCGACAAGAUCGAGGUGGCGAUGGAGACGCCGGGCCGGCCGGCGCUGCUGCUGGAGGUGGACGCUGAGGACGGCCGCCGCCAGCGGCAGGAGCAGCAGCAGCUGGCGCCGCCGGGCCGGCCGGCCGACCAGCGUCGGCUGUCGCGCGGUAGGAUCCCAGUGCGGACCAGCGCCGCCAGUCCGACCACGCCGACCGGUCGCGAUAAGUCGGGCGUCGGUGCGGCCACUGCGACGGGCCGAGCGCGGCCUGCCGGCGCCGCCGCCGCCGCCGCUGCCGCCGGCCGUCGCCACUCGCUGGUCGAGCCGUCCGAGUGUCGUAUUCCGAGCCUGGCGCGGCUGCGGAUGCGAGACACACUCUCUGAGCCCGAGCUGCCGCAGCCGCCGUCCGCCACUCGCGGCCAGAACCAGCGGCGUCGGCUGGGUCACGCUGCCAGGUAA